CCCGUGACUCGUGGGAAACACUGGACAAGCUUCUGAUAGUGAUGGAAAGCUCUCGUUAUGUAGAGACAUUUCCCCCGACAAAAUUUCACAGACUGAAAUUCGAGGAAGGAGAUGAGGAAGGAGAAGGUUCUCAUAGUGGGAGGCACUGGAUAUUUAGGUCAGCAUCUGUUACAAGGCUAUGCAGAAAUCAACGAAAGACCUUACGAUCUGGCAUUCACCCAGCACUCCUCUCUCCCACCUCAAGUUUUGUUGGACGCCAUUUCUGGUUCACUUGCUUUCCCCGUAGAUUUGAAAUCGGGAAGCGGAUUUGAAGCCAUUUCAAAUACAUUUGGUCAGCCUGAUGUUGUUGUCAAUUGUGCUGCCAUCUCAGUGCCUCGUGCUUGUGAAAUUGAUCCUGAUGCUGCUCUUGCUAUCAAUGUUCCAUCAUCUCUUGUUAAAUGGUUGAAAAGCUUUAACGAGAAAAGCACCCUUCUAAUUCAUCUGUCCUCUGAUCAAGUUUAUGAAGGGGAGAAGUCCUUUUACAAGGAGGAUGACAUUGCUGUUCCAGUAAAUGUUUAUGGAAAAACUAAAGUGGCAGCAGAAGAACUCAUUUCAAAACAGUGUUCGAACUUCACAAUUUUAAGAAGCAGUAUCAUCUAUGGGCCACAGACAAUCUCUCCAGUUCCAAAAUCUCUUCCUAUUCAGUGGCUGGAUGGUGUCCUGGCCAAAGGUGAAAAGGUGAAUUUCUUUCAUGAUGAGUUCCGUUGCCCCAUUUAUGUUAAGGAUCUCGUAACUAUCAUUCUAGCUUUGACAAGCCAAUGGAUAUCAGUCCAGUUUAAGAAGCUGAGGCAUCUCUCAUCUAUGUUCAUGAAGAUGGCAUUUCUGAUUCUUUCUGCAGAGAACAAGCAAAUGCAAUUGGUACUUAAUGCUGGUGGACCUGAUAGGAUAUCGCGUGUGCAAAUGGCUGAGGCUGUUGCACAAUAUCGAGGGUAUGACACCUCAUUAAUCCAACCAUUGUCUGCAUCUUCAGUUGAUCGUGGAGUGAGGUGCCCAGCUGACAUAUCCAUGGAUAUAACUAGAUUGGUCGAGAUCCUGAAAAUUCAUCCAGUUUCAUUUAAAGAAGGGGUUAGAUUAACACUUGCGGCUGAGGCUAAAUAGUGAGGAAACAAAGACGUCAAAUAUUGCUACAUUGUUAGCAUGAUUGGCGUCACCCUUCUGUGGAAAUGAACAAAGGUUAAUCAAUUAAAAGAGAUUGGUAUGCUAAAUAGUUCAUAUAGUUGUUUGUAAAGUUAAAAUGAACGGUCAAAUUACAAUAAUGCAUAAUGCAAAUGAUUUCUAGACGGAUUGUGUGGGGGAAGUAGCUGAGCAAUGGUUGAUUGCAAUAAAUUCUUUAAUUGGUCAGUGUUGUACGUAUGGAUUCAGAAUGAAAUGGUGUGAUGUGAAGUUCGAAUAUUA